CACUCUCCCGCCCUCGCCUUUGCCUAAGAUCCGGCUUGGAGGAAAGGGAUGAAUGUUAAUUUCAAAGAUGGCGGCGGAGGGAGGAGGGAAGGAGAUGAACGAAAUCAAAACUCAGUUCACCACUCGGGAAGGUGUUUACAAACUCCUCACACACUCCGAAUACAGCCGUCCCAACAGAGUGCCUUUUAACUCGCAGGGCUCCAACCCGGUCAAGGUCUCCUUCGUCAACGUCAACGACCAGUCGGGCAACGGCGACAGGAUCUGUUUCAAUGUGGGCCGUGAACUCUACUUCUACAUCUACAAAGGUGUCCGAAAGGCUGCAGACCUGAGCAAGCCCAUAGACAAGCGCAUCUACAAGGGAACACAGCCCACCUGUCAUGACUUCAACCACCUCACCGCCACAGCCGAGAGUGUGUCGCUCCUGGUUGGCUUCUCUGCCGGGCAAGUGCAGCUCAUCGACCCCAUCAAGAAGGAGACGAGCAAGCUCUUCAAUGAGGAGAGACUAAUAGACAAGUCCAGGGUGACGUGUGUGAAGUGGGUUCCGGGCUCCGAGAGCCUCUUCCUGGUGUCGCACGCCAGCGGCAACAUGUACCUGUACAACGUGGAGCACACGUGCGGCACCACGGCGCCGCACUACCAGCUCCUUAAGCAGGGUGACAACUACUCUGUGCACACCUGCAAGAGCAAAUCCACGCGGAACCCCCUUCUCAAGUGGACAGUGGGCGAGGGCGCCCUCAACGAAUUUGCCUUCUCGCCCGAUGGGAAGUUCCUGGCGUGCGUGAGCCAGGACGGCUUCCUGCGCGUGUUCAACUUUGACGCGGUGGAGCUGCACGGCACCAUGAAGAGCUACUUCGGCGGCCUGCUGUGCGUGUCCUGGAGCCCCGACGGCAAGUACAUCGUAGCGGGCGGCGAGGACGACCUGGUCACCGUGUGGUCCUUCCUGGACUGCCGGGUGAUCGCGCGCGGCCACGGCCACAAGUCGUGGGUGAGCGUGGUGGCCUUCGACCACUACACCACCAGCGUGGAAGAGAGCGACCCGCUGGAGUUCAGCGGCAGCGACGAGGACUUCCAGGAGCAGGUGGCCAACUCGGGGCGGGACCGCGCCAACAGCACGCAGUCGCGACUCUCCCAGCGCAACUCCACCGAGAGCAGGCCCGUCAGCGUCACGUACCGCUUCGGCUCAGUGGGCCAGGACACUCAGCUGUGCCUGUGGGACCUCACAGAGGACAUUCUGUUCCCACACUUGCCUCUUUCACGGACUCGGACGCAUACCAAUGUGAUGAACGCCUCCAUCCCGCCGCCGGGCUCCACCAUCCUCGCUUCGAGUACCAACGCCACUAACGGAAGCACCAGCGGAGCCAUCACUCCCGGCGUGAACUCUAUCUCCGGUACACUGCCGCGCUCCAAUAGCCUGCCCCAUUCCACCGCUUCCAGCACCGCCCCGACAGCCACAACCGCGACGACGAAUAACACGACCAAGCCGAGCGGCGGUAUCGUGGACAGCGCCAUCGCCACGGGCGUCAGCAAGUUCGCCACGCUGUCGCUGCACGAGCGCAAGGAGCGCCACCACGAAAAGGACCACAAGCGCAACCACAGCAUGGGCCACAUCAGCAGCAAGAGCAGCGAUAAGCUCAACGUGCUGACCAAGAGCAAGACGGACGCCGCCAAGACGCUGGGCACGGCGCUGUGCCCGCGCAUGGAGGACGUGCCGCUGCUCGAGCCGCUCAUCUGUAAAAAGAUAGCGCACGAGAGGCUGACUGUGCUCAUAUUUUUAGAGGACUGCUUAGUGACUGCUUGUCAGGAGGGAUUUAUUUGCACAUGGGCCAGGCCAGGCAAAGUGGGUUUAUUGUCCUCCCAAAACCAAGCCAGCUCUCCCAGUGGAACAGUAGUAUAGCCAGCCCACCACACAAUAAAUCUGCUGCUAAAGACAUAAACCCACGCAAGCCACAGUCUGAUGCUGCUCUUCACUUCCUCUGCGAGUGUUGCAAGUUUGUCCUAUUUUUUUUAACCCCCCCCCCCCUUUUCUAUUUUGCAUUCACUUAAGUGCAGUGUUUCCCAAUGUUCCUUGAGCCAAGGUGCCUGUUCUAGAUUGGGAAAAUAUAUAUUCUGUGCCGUGAAGAAAUAUUUGCUCUCUUCUCAAAUUAUUUUUAUUGUAUUUUUUUUUCAGAAUUUCCCCCACUUUAAAAUGCAAGAUUAUUACGCACAUUUAAAUAUCAGACAUAGAUUAUACCCAGGUAAACACUUUGGGGGGGGGGGGGGGGUAAAAACAAAAAUUCGAAUCUACCUGUCCCUGCAUGAAUUUGUAACUUGCCCACUAAUAUUAGAACUAGUUGGAUGAUGCAUUAUUUGUCGUAAAUCAUAUUGGACCAAUUAAAUGAAAUUUGACAGUGGUUGGGAAUCACUGCUUUAGAGCAAGGGUGGGCAACUUGCGGCCCUUGGGCCAAACACAUGGCCCGGCUGAACAUUGAUCCAGCAUCCCAUGCAAUUCCCCAAAACAAAAACAUUUAACCGCAAAUGUACUCUCACCCUGUCCUCCAUUCUUUUUUUUUUUUUUUUUUAGCUUCGGAAAAAGAUUGCCCAUCUAUGCCUUAUAGGAAGACCGCAUCACGGGGGGGGAAGUGCAAUGUUGACUGUUGCUGUACUUAUUUUAAUAGUUUAGAACAGAAAAUGUUAAGGCUCCAUGUCAAUACCCAUCCUGAGUGAAUGGUUCUGUAACACAUUAAAAAAAAGUAAACUAGAAGUGUAGCUUAGACUGCUCAGGGUUAUUGAAAUUGUGUGGAGACGUUUUUUUUUUUCUUUGACGAUCAAGCGAGCAUCUGGGAUUGUUGCAUCCGUUAUGUCUGUCUCCCUAAUUUCCAACCCAAUGACUUUUGCACUGAUACUUUUUUUUUAGUACUACUCUAUUGGAAAUAAAAAAAGAGGGCAGGGGUCUGUUUUAACGUCCUCAUUCUGUUUCCCCUAAAAAAAGUUAAAAACUGGAUGCUGCAAUUAUAGUCUUUAUCAAGAGAGAAAGUUUGCACUUAAAUUGGUUUAUCAGAUGAAAAAAAAUGGCUUUACAUGUUUUUGUGCUGUGCUCACAACUCACAGAUGGCUAAUACAGUAGAGAAAAAAACUAUUAAAAGUCUUUAUUGAACAUUUAUUUUAAUAUUGUGUUCAGAUUGAAAUGUGUUCUGUAUCAUACUGUGUAUAUUGUAAUAAUCGAUUUGAUGCCGGGCAGGGUUGGGGAGGGCAAACUUACCAUUUCCCCCGUGGGAAGUUUUGUCAUGGAUAGUUAUAUUUCUAAAGCCUAAAGUAUACAUAUGAAUAAUAUUAAAAAUAAUCUUGAAUA